GCCUAAGAGCUGUUAUGCAACCGCUGACCUACUAACACAUAUUUCUAGAAAGGGAGCCGGAGAAACUAGAGCAAAGUGUCCGGCAUCGCAGUACACACAGGCAGCCCGAGCCAAGAGCCAGAGCAGCAGCCACCCGACCCACUGACUCAACCACAACACACCGGAGCGCCACACGACCGGGACAAGAAAACUUUUCGGGCUUCUUUUUCUUCUUCUCCUUUUUUUUUUGGGAGGUUUCGUCAAAGAGGACGAGGAAAGGAGGAACCCGGAGCGAGACAGCUUUUGUGUCGGGGGAAGCCUGAGUGUUUUUCCCCACCUCCUCCAGGACAUGGAAAGUUAGUGGUCAGCAAACAGCAGCACUGUAGCUGGAUCCUCAGGGAGCCCCGAAGUAGACGGACUGACCUACAUCCUCUGUGAGACACUGAGGGAAGCAGGGCAACGGCCUGACAGGCAUCACAACUCUGCUGAAGACUGAGGAAGACGCAGAUAAACUCAAAAUCACCCCCAGCGAGACUCCAGAGACUGCUUUGAACUAUUUGCCAAGACAGCUGGAAGACUCGUUGCUCAAAAUACAAGCUUGUUUCUUUUUAUAGGUACCUUGUUCAGAACACUAGUUCAAUGUCUGAGGUUUUUGUUGAAUUCCACCUCUUUUUAAUCUUCUUGGCUAAUUUGGACACUUGAACGUUUUAAUCUUGAAAGAUAAGCAACAGAAAUCAAUGAGGCUAUCCCUUCGAGGAGCACAAAUACCUCAUCAAGAAGUUUUUGCAGAUCCUGCAACAUAGGUCAAGCUCCUUAGUGACAAAGCAGAAGGCUCAUAUAGUUUUACAUCUUUUCCCUCCCCCCCCUUUGCCCUUCGCCAGAGUUACACUCUGGCCCCUAGCUGGGAAGAAAUGGAAAGCCUGAGUCUACACAUCCCAUCCACCAGCAACAAAAAUGCCAUGGAGGUAGACAAUUUUUCUAACUACAGCGGGAGCCUCCCAUCCCCUGGUCCUGAAGGCGGAGUGCGGGUCAGCCGCCAGGCUAAAGGUUCCAAGCCUACUGUGACCUGCCGUCGCAAGCGAGAGUUUAUUUCUGAUGAGAAGAAAGACGCCUGCUAUUGGGAAAAACGAAGGAAGAACAACGAAGCAGCCAAGCGCUCAAGAGAAAAGCGUCGCCUUAAUGACAUGGUGCUAGAGAACCGGGUCAUGGCGCUGAAUGAGGAGAACGUUCGUCUAAAAACCGAGCUCCUUCAGCUCAAGUUGCGCUUUGGCCUCAUCAGCACAUCCUCCUACAUGGAGAAGAGUCAACAGAUCUCCAACAGUGCUGCGGGUGUUAACGCUAGUAGCAAUGGGAGCAGCACCAAUGGCACCCCAAAUAGUAACGCCUACCUCUCAAGCAGCGGCUACUCCAGUGCAUCCCAGGUGAUGCUGAACUCCGACUCAUCUGAAACUGAACAGUCGAGCCGUGGCGACCGCCACGCCACGCUCCACAGUUACUCUCCCCGGGGCUCCAUCUCUGACAUGUCUGACGGCUCCUCCAGAGACAGCCCAGAACCCAUGGGCUACAGCAUAAAGACGGAGCCCUCAAGUAUGGAGAUGGCCAGACUGGAAAACAAUGGGAUUCCUGUUGCUAAUGGGUUGCCCAAUGGUAUGGCAAGUGGGGCUUACCAUGGCAACCACACUGCUCUGGUUUCUCCUCACCAGCAGAACACCCCAUUGGCUGAAAGUGCCAUGGAUUACCAGCACCACCAACAGCAGCAGCCGUGCCACAUAGAGGCUUCCACUACCGCUAAGGCCACCUCUGCACAGAGGAGUGUCAUCUUGUACCGCUCCAGCAGUGGCUGUUACCCCGUGGAGAACCAGAGGCCAGAGGACCAGCAGUCCCAGGAGAGCAGACCACUGAAGCAAGACCAGCACACCUCGGCAUCCAAGUUCUCUGACUGCUCAGUGACCAUCAAAGAAGUCGCUGAGAAGCUAGAGAGGACAAAGACCAUGGACUCACCUCAGUAUGAAUACACUAAUGGUCAUGCUGAGUCAGCAGAAGAGCUGCAGCAAAGGUACAAUGCCAACGGACAACAACCCCAUGAGAACCAUCAUGGGCACUAUAGUUACCAAGGUCAGGAGGGCAGUCUUCAGCAUGCAGAAAGCCACCAGAACCCCUUUGCCCCAGAUCUGAUUCACAACACUGAGGAGGGCAAGUCCUCCUUCCCACAGCACAACAGCUACCUCAACACACUGGACGAAGAGCCCCCGGUGCUCACCUACGAGGGAGGCCCCCGAGCCAACGGUUUCUACCAAGAGAACUCUUCCACUAAAGACACCUCAUCCAGUGAUGGGGACCCUCGUAGCUCUGACAAGGAGGGCACCACGGAUGAUGAGUCCCCCUCCUCGUCCUCCUCAGACAUCAGCAGCUACCACCAGAAGGCGGCGGGAGCUGCCGGUUCGCAAAGCGAGUUCCAAGCUGAGGUCAAAGGCACUGCCCUGCCCCACAAGCUCCGCCUCAAGUACAGAGCUCUGUCCAAUGGGGCAGCAGGAGUGCAUGGGGAGGGACCGGUCAACACCUCCAUGUCCCCCUCUCCCAAUUUGCCACAGCACCCUUACUUAGCUCUACCCAGCAACCCUCACAGCACCCAAGUCAAUGGGGAGAGCAAAGAGGCGGAGAAUGAGACUGAGUAUGCUGUAGAGGUCAAGCCUCAAGUGAGCGAGAGGGUGGAGGCUAAAAAGGAGGGAGGGAAGAAAGGGUCCAGCAGCAGCAGAGGUGGGCGUAAUAAGAGGCGAGAUUAAGGACAAACGGGGGCUGCCUGAGCAUUUUCCUGUCACCUCUUUGUUGUCUACAACACACAGACGACUACGAUUCACAUCGCCACCCUACAAGACAGAGAAGAAGCCAGUGAUCUGUGUGAGCUGUUGUUAGGAUGUGAUUUCACCAUAAAGUUUCACUGUGUCACCUGUUCCCCAUCCCUUUACUCUCUUUACUCCUACCUCCCACCUUUCCCUCCAAUUAAAAUAAUAGAUCACUAAACGAGGGAGGGAACAGAAUGAAACUCUCCAGAGCUGGAGUCUGGGAUAUUUCCUCUGUGGAGAAUUCAAACAUUAGUCAAUUAUUCAUUAUUGUAAACUGCCUGGGUGGCUGGCCAGCGUUUAUUGUGGCAUUAUGGGAACAUUCCUUUGACCAAAGAAUACACCUCCUUCCUUCAGCUUCUCCCUUUUUGGCAAAGAGUUACAUUCUUCCUCCCUCUGAACACAUCUGUACCUUUUCAACCCUCUUACCAACUGCACUCAAAUCCCCUUCACUUCUGAAGCACUUAGAUUGUAUAUUACUGUGACAUAUAAAUUUGCAUAUAUGGAAUAUAUAUUUUAAGAAGAAAAAUGUGGCAAAAACAACAAAAAAUAAAGCAGUGGGAUGCGGAAGUCAUAGACUUAAAAGUUUGUUCUUGUUGAGACACCUUGUACAGUUCCCUUUUGUCUAGAAAAUGCCUCAAAGAUUUUCUUUUAACUAAAAGUAUGAGCCACAACUUGUAAAAAAGAAAAAAAGUACAAUUUUUUUCAGAUUUACGGAUCAGAUCGGGGGCCUCAUUCUAGUGAUCUGAGCUCACUCAGAGCUGUCAGAAUGGUCAAGGCCAGUUACACGCAUAUCAGUCAAGGCUAUGCAGUCACACAUUGCUGUUGGCAAAACCUGACAAGCACAAGGCAAGCCUCGUUUGCCAGCCGUCUGACAAAAAUCAAUACAUUUUCAUUUCCAGACAAAAACGGUCUGUCUAAUAGACAAAAUGGCUCUCCAAACCAGCAAAGCUGCUCUCUCUUCAUAAGGUGCCUCUUUAUUGUGUUGUCCCUCGUCCCCACUUUGACCGAUGUCUUAACGAUCCCACUCACCUCCGCACUGAGUUGUUUUAGGUAGCUCAUACAGUCUGUACGAGUUUAACUGUUUCACUUCCUGGUGCCUGCCUCUGGCCACUAUGUAUAAAUGUAAAGUUGUCUAUCUCUUGUAUACUGCUGUCAUUAUUUUAUUAUUAUUUUAUUAAUAUUGUUAUUUUCUAUUAUAUUCUGUUAUUAUUUUGGCUAUUACUAUGUGUAAUUUUCUGUCACCCUGUUGUGUCAUUUUGCUCUAUGCUCUUCCUGGUUGUGCUGUGUAUUUACCCAUGCUGCCCUUUUCCCCAGUUACCAUUUGUACUCUGUGUUACCGUAUAACCUUUGUUGUUUGCCUAAAGGCUUUCCGAAAAUGGGGAAAAAAAAAAAAAAAAAACUGAAUAAGGCUUGUCCAGAAG